CCUUAAGGAUCUUCUGACAUGGAGUACAAUUACCUCGGUCGCUCAGGACUUCGUGUGUCCAAUAUUUGUUUGGGGACUAUGACGUUCGGUCAUCAACAGAUCGGGAAGUUGGACAAAAAUGCCUCACAUAAAGUUCUAGACCGGUUUGCUGCUCUCGGAGGAAAUUUUAUUGAUACUGCAAACAUGUAUUCCAAAGGGGUUUCUGAGAGUAUCAUCGGCGAGUGGUUGGUGCGACAAAAAAGGGAAAAUUUUGUGAUAGCUACGAAGGUGAGGGCAGACAUGGGAGAGGAUGUGAAUAACGUCGGGUUAGGAAGAAAACACAUCAUGCAGAGCUGUGACGCCAGUCUUAAACGUCUUCAGACAGACUACAUAGAUCUAUAUCAGGUGCACCUAUGGGACAAUGCUACUCCACCGGAAGGAUGGUUAAGGGCGUUCAACGAUCUAGUAACAUCCGGUAAGGUGCGAUACAUCGGGGUGUCUAAUCUUUGUGGCUGGCAGCUUCAGAAAGUGGUGGAUCUCUGCAAGUCUGAAAAUUACUCACCAAUAAUCAGUCUCCAGCAACAAUACAGUUUACUUUGUCGGCAUCCGGAGUUUGAGGAAUUUCAAGUCUGUAAGAAUGAAGGUCUUGGUGUGUUGCCAUGGAGUCCAUUAAAGGGUGGAAUGCUGACGGGUAAAUACAAACGUGGGUCGCGGCCCAAAGUAGCAGAUGGACGAAUCGGUCUCGUUGCCCAGGACGAGUCUAAAGCAUUGCAAAUUGCCCCCGCCUGGAGUCAAUAUGACGACAAUGAAGAUUUCUGGAAACUACUGGAAGCUAUGGAGAAGAUUGCUAAAGAAAAUGGGAAGACAGUGCCUCAGGUGGCUAUCCGGUGGUUACUUCAGAAGGAUGUGGUUCCGUCUGUCAUCAUCGGAGCCAACUCAGUUGAGCAGCUAGAAGACAAUGUUGGAGCGGCUAAUAACUGGAAACUCUCAAAAGAAGAGAUGGAUGAGCUAGACACUCUCUCUAAGCCAGAAACCCCGUACCCAUACGAGAUGGUAUAUCGCAGCAACAUCAACAGAGUGAAUUCUUUCUAUCCUUAUCCAUUCGUAGAGAACAAAUUUUAA